GUAUAUGCUGAAUUCAAUUUGGCCAGAGAGGGAGAGAGACAGUCUACCGCAAGCAACAAAUGUGGCAGACAUAUUUCCAGUUGGCUGGUGCAAAUCUACUGCAAAUCAUUUUGCCCCAUCAAUCAGACGUAGACUCCCACUGCAUAAGCCACCAAAAGAAUGGUCUCCGGUGAGGAACUGAAGUGACCACUUUGAAUUCAGUCGGCAUCAGAUGCCACAAUCGCACAAAAAUGGGUGGUGGAAGAAGCCAAGCAGGCAGCACUGACAUUGAGCCAGCAACUGAGUCAGCCAGUGUGUAUAUGAAUGCAGGCCCCGUUAGAUUUCAGGUCACUGCUUGAAUUGUAUAUAAUCUUGCCUUCCAUAAAUGUAAAACCCUCAUUGGAUUGAGGUGAGAUCUGAGCUUUUGCCCUUUCCAUAAUCAGAAGAAUUCUGCUUUUGAACAUAUAAAGUGAGGCCUUGCUGCUGCUUCCUAUCUUUGCCCUUCCUUCUGUGUCUUCUCUUGGUGGGUACAAGCUUCAACUUGUUUGUAAGAGUACAAGUUGCUUGAAUGGAGAUGACUCUGUUUUGUGCCAGAAUCAACAUCCUAAUUCUGCUUCUCGCUCUCUGUUCUCCGUGCAAGUUCAUCCAGAGUCCCAUCGACUUGGGCCCCUUGAAUUUCCUCCAGAACGCAAACACAGCAUCCAUGGACUUCGGAAGAAUUCACUUCAACUCCCCCUCGGCGGUUCUCAGACCCAAGUCCCCCGAAGACAUCUCCCUCCUUCUCCGCUUCGUCUCCGGCUCUUCCUUCAGUAAGGUUACAGUUGCAGCAAGAGGAGCUGCGCACUCCAUCUAUGGCCAAGCCCAAGCACUCGAUGGCAUAGUCAUUGAGAUGGACGCCCUACCUUCCAGUAUACGAGUUCACAGAAAGGGAGAAGCGGAAGCUGAUGGCGUCUCUUAUGCUGAUGCCAGUGGCGGAGCACUGUGGGUUGAGCUUCUGGAGGAGAGCCUGAAGCAUGGGCUGGCUCCAAGGUCAUGGACUGAUUACCUCUAUCUCAGUAUUGGUGGCACUCUCUCCAUUGGUGGCAUCAGUGGACAAACUUUCAAGUACGGCCCUCAGAUCAGCAAUGUCCUCCAACUGGACGUGGUGACAGGUAAAGGAGAGGCUAUAACUUGCUCCCCCACCAAAAGUUCAGAGCUUUUCUAUUCAGUUCUGGGUGGUCUAGGCCAAUUUGGCAUCAUAACAAGAGCAAGAAUCCUUCUCCAAGAAGCUCCAGAGAAGGUGAAGUGGGUGAGAGCAUUCUAUGACGAUUUCCAGACCUUCGCCGAGGACCAAGACCUCCUGAUCUCGACACCAGACUUGGUGGACUACGUCGAAGGCUUCAUAGUUAUCAAUGAGCAAUCCCUCAAAAGCUUCUCCACUGCCUUCCCUGCUCACCUGCACUUCGCGCCAAAGUUCCACAGUGAAGGCAGCUCCAAGGUCUACUACUGCAUUGAGUACGCUGUCCACGAUCACAGUUCCAAGGACAUCGACACAGAACAGGUGGUACUGGAGGAGCUCUCGAGGCAGAUGAGGCACUUGCCGUCGCAGGUGUACACUGUGGAGGUCUCCUACUAUGACUUCCUCAACAGGGUUAGGAUGGAGGAGCUGAGCCUGAGGAGUGUGGGGCUCUGGGAAGUGCCCCAUCCUUGGCUCAACAUGUUCGUGCCCAAGUCCGGAAUCAAUGAGUUCGUUGACUUGCUCUUGGAGAACAUUGCAACAGAGGAAUUCGAGGGCCCUGUCCUCAUAUACCCACUUUUACGGGACAAGUGGGAUGCAAACACAUCAGUCGUGCUGCCGGACGCCGACGACGACCAGGUGAUAUACAUCGUCGGCAUGCUCCGGUCGGCCAACCCGGCCAGCUGCCCGGCUGCCUGCCUGCAGAGCCUCCUCCAAACCAAUCGCCGCAUCGCCGGCGCGGCAUCCAGAGUCGGAGCCAAACAGUACAUACCGCACCACUCCUCGCCCGCGGGUUGGUCGGAGCACUUCGGCCGGCAGUGGGACCGGUUCGCCGCGCGCAAAGCCCGGUUCGACCCGCUCGGCAUCUUGGCGCCUGGGCAAGGAAUAUUCUCCAGAAGGUCUAUCUCUAUCUCUUCCUUGUAGCGAGCAGGAAGAAGAUAGCAAAGGAAGAACAGAACAAGUCAGGAGCCUGUUUUUAUAUCAGCAAGACAGCAACAGAACCUACAGGCUCAAGAUAGGAGAUGGUCCUCACUCCUAGGAGAAAUGAUCCUGAGUGGUCAGGAUGGUCGAUCGGAUCACUGUAGGGCAUGAAUAUGCCAUAGUGGAUUUGUAUAUAUUUCUGAACUAAUGGAGGAUCAUUAAGAUUUUUAUUUUAA